GCGCGGCCGAGAGGCUGCCGGGAUCGCGGCGGACCCGGCGGCAAGAUGGCGGUCGCGCGGCCAGGGAAAGGUUCCUCCUCGGUGGUAUCCUGCAUCAGCUGCAUCCUGCACCCUCUGUCGAGCCCUGGCUCUGGCAGGCUGCCCCUUGGGGCUGAUCACGGCCGGCAGCCAGCUCUCUGCCUUUUCCUUUCAUGCCCACCCCACCUUUUCCUUACAUUGAGAGGGAGGAGUGUUCUGACAGAUGAGAGAACUGGUCAGACUUCCUCCAACAGGGAUGUCUGGGCGUCAUCACCCACCCCCAGCCCCCGGCUCUGUUCCCUUUGUGAGACUGGUGCCCCAGGGAGGCUCCGCUCCCUGCCAAGGGCCACCAGGCAGAAAGAUGAAGACCUCCUAUUUUGGAUGGGCACAGACUUACAGAAUGAAAGCAAAAAAGUAUGCCAAGUUAGGAAACUAUUGGAGGACAUUUAACUGCCCCCAAGCUGAGAGAUAUGUUUGUUUCCUUGAAGAACAUGACAGUACUACUCUUUUUUCUAAUUUGUAGCAAGUGCCAGGUCAGGUCACCCAGAGCACCAGGUGGAGCUCCUACCAGUCCCCAGGGGCUCUGUGCUCCAACCUGUGCUCUGCUGGAGUGGGAAGGGUCCUGCCUUGCCUUUGUGCCCCCCAGGAGCUGGCAUGGCUGUGGAAGCCCAAGAAAGGAAGCCAGUGCUAGGCCUCCAUGGCCACCUGCAGGUGCCCAUCUGUCAGAGCCUGAACCAGACCUGCUUGUUUGUGGCCACAGGACAGAUGGCAGAACCAGCCUCUCUGGCUUAGCUGCCUGGACAGGUCAGGUUUUCAGCUAUCCUCACAACCGCCUGGGCCUGGACCUGGCACUGCUGUCUCUGAUGGGGAUUCUGGAAGCAGCAAGGCUGUGCCUGGGCACAAAGGGCAACCUGAUGGAGGCCGAGGUGCCGCUGGCCGCUAGUCUGGCCCUCACGGCAGGCAGCGGGCUGCUUUCCAUCCACUUCCUGCUCUGGCAAACCCUGGUGCUGUGGGCAGACUGGGUUCUCAGUGCCACACUCCUGGUGCUGCACAGCCUGGAAGCCGCCCUGCAGGUGGUAGCAAUCGCAGCCUUCAUCAGAUAGACCCACCCUGCCAGGACCCUCCCCAGCCUUCCACGUCCUGCCAGUGUGCCGUGGGUGGUUUAUCUCUGCAGGUGGAAGCAGUAAGGAGGGCAGAACACACCCUGUGGGAAUCCCAGAGGAGUCCACUCAGACCCUGUCAUGGUCCUGGCUGCGGCAGCGUUGACCACCAGGGCCCAGGGAGGGUAGAGCCCUUCAGACCUUUUUUUUUUUUUUUCCAGCUCCCUGGGCUCAAUCCCCAGUAUUGAAAGGGGGAAAAAAAAAGAUAACUGACUUUGUAGUAGGUUUCCUUCAUUUGUUGUGUAUUUUCUGUGUUUGAAAUAACAUUGUGUUCAAACAUCUACUUCUCACUGUAUUUUUAAAUAAAUGUUUAUAUCUCAA